CGGAAGUUUUAGUUCAGUGCUCGUUCCGGUAGUUUGUGUCAGUGCGCGCGUUUUGCAUGUUCUUGUAUGCCUGUGCAGAUUAUUCUUCGAUAUGUUUAGUUUUAAAAGCGCGACAUCAGUAGAUUGUUAUUAGAAGGUUCUUAUUACCAACGCCAUCUUUUCGAAAUAUUUCGUAUUCCACAUUGGUAGUGGUCGUGGUCCUGGUCGAUUCUGCAUGUCUCUUACCUUGCAACUUUGAUGUAAUCGUGUUUCUUUAUUACAAGAUUUGCGACAUAAUAGAGUAUGAAUUUCGUUAACAUACAUGUGUUAUUAGGACCAUAUAGAAUUUCAAUAUUUGCCGAUUAAUCAUUGUACAUUGCCAAAAGUAGAACGAAGGACGACAUAUGUUGUUGGCACAAUGAAAUGUUAAAAUAAUAUAUAUGCAUUUAUUCCUCUCAAACGUUAUAACUUACGAUAUCAGAGUUGUAAAAUUAAUCUUGACAUACGAGUAUGCUUAGUUUUGCGUUUGUGUUUUUGUGGUUGGAGUUAAUUUCAAAUGUUCAAGAGUAGUUAUUUUGCUUACCGGCUAGAUUGCUGUCACGUCUUUGUUUUGUUUUCUUGUGAAUCGCUCAGAGGUAGCAGCACAGUAAAGAAGCCGGCAUUUGCAGAGCUGCACCAGAAACUGGCAGAAACUGUACAGAAAAUGAAAGCUGCCGACGAAGAAAUUUCUUGUCUAAAAAAUUCAAUGCAACAUGCUCGACUAAUGGAUUCAGAAAUUACAAGGCUAGAUACUAGCACGAAGAUAUAUGAGAGUGUUGGUCGAAUGUUCUUAUUAACAAAUAUAUCAGAUUUACACAAUCAUCUUGAAAACAAAUCUGAAACUUGUGCUGAGAAAAUUAAGAUACUUGAGUGUAUUUCUGUUUUGUCCUAGAGUAACAAGAGUUAUCUGGAGAGAAGUCAGAAAGACAGUGAGAAUAACAUUCGUGAAAUGAUUCAGCAGCGGAGAGAGAAGGCCCAAGAAACUAACUAGGACAUUGUGAUUAU